CUUUAGCUAGUAGUUACCCCUCCAUACCUCAUAUUCCCCUCCUUCAACCUUGCUUCUCCCCAUUCUACCUCCACAGGUACAUUGAUUCUGUAUCAAAAUGUCGCAUUCCCACUCCCACGACGGUGACCUCGGCCACUCCCACGCUGCUGAGCACGGCCACUCCCACGAGAUCCUCGAUGGACCGGGCUCGUACAUCAACCGCGAGCUGCCCCUCGUUGAGGGCCGCGACUGGAAGGAGCGGACUUUUACGAUUGGGAUUGGAGGGCCUGUGGGAUCCGGAAAGACGGCUCUGAUGUUAGCGCUGUCGAGGGCUCUCAGAGAUGAGUAUAGUAUUGCUGCUGUGACGAAUGAUAUCUUUACGAAAGAAGACGCCGAGUUCCUCACCCGCAACCGCGCCCUCGCCCCCAGCCGCAUCCGCGCCAUCGAAACAGGUGGGUGUCCCCACGCCGCCGUCCGCGAAGACAUCAGCGCAAACCUCCUCGCGCUCCAAACCCUGCAAAAGCAAUUCUCGCCCGACCUCCUCCUCAUCGAAUCCGGCGGCGACAACCUCGCCGCGAACUACUCGCGCGAGCUAGCAGACUUCAUCAUCUACGUGAUUGACGUCGCGGGCGGAGACAAGGUGCCGCGCAAGGGCGGACCGGGCAUCACGGGGUCUGAUCUGCUGGUUGUGAAUAAGAUUGAUUUGGCGGAGAUUGUGGGUGCGGAUUUGAGUGUUAUGGAGCGCGAUGCGAGGAAGAUGAGGGAGGGGGGACCGACGGUCUUUGCGGAGGUGAAGAAUGGGAAGAAGGGGCUGGAGCAUAUUGUGGGGUUGAUUUUGAGUGCGUGGAGGAGUACGGGUGCUUAUGAUGUUGCUUUGGAGAGGUGGAAGGCUGGGGGAGUGAGGGGGUCCGGGUCGUUGGAUGAGUAGUUCUUUCUCUCUCUUUUUCUCUUUUUCUUUGGGUCCGUCUUGACCUUGAUCUGGAUCUGUUCGUUUGAUGAUGGUUUAUAUGUGGGUGACGGCAUUAGUAUAUCAGGGUGAUUGAU